AUGUGGUGCACUCAUGAGGGUUUCUUGGAUCAAGUCAGGGCUUCUUGGAUUCUUCCUAUUGAUAGUCUUUGCCCGAUGGUUAGAGUGAUGAAGAAGCUGAAGCGUCUUCGUUCGGUUCUCAAGGCCUGGAACAGAGAUACUUUUGGGAAUUACAAUAUCGCCUUGGCUGAGCUGCACCAGGAUCUGAGUUCCCUUCAGGAGGUUUCUUUGCAGGCUCGGAUUGGCACGAUUCUCAUACGUAAAUCUGAGCAUCUGAGGCAGCAUAGUCGGAUCACUUGGCUUUCUGAUGGUGGUAUGAAUACCCGUUUCUUCCAUUCUAUGGUUAAAUGGCAUAGAUCCGGUCAAUCCAUUAAGAAGCUAAGCAUUGAUGGGGUUAUUUCGGAGGACACGGCUACCAUGGCGGCUCAUGUGGUUGGUUUUUAUAAGGCUCUUUUCUUUGAGCCUGCUUCUGGGUUGGUGGAUAGAUCCUGGAUUUCUAACUUCAUUCCUAACUCUGUCUCUUCGGCUCAUUCUGCUAUGCUCACAACCCCCCAUUCGGCUGAUGAUAUUCGUUUGGUGGUUUUCUCCAUGGAUAAAGAUAGUGCGCCUAGUUCGGAUGGUUUUAAUGGGGCCUUCUUUCAACAUUCUUGGGAUGUGGUGGGGGAGGACAUGGUGGCGAUUGCGGAUGCGAUUCUUGUUUAUGAUUAUAGGCCUAUUGUGCUGGGUAAUUUCUUUUUCAAAGUCAUCACCAAGAUUUUGGCCUCUCGGUUGAAUGCGGUGGCGGCGGAGAUUGUUUCGGCUAAUCAAUUUGGUUUUAUCUCGGGUCGCUCCAUUCAGGAGUGUAUUCUUCUUGCUUCUGAAGGGGUUAACUAUAUGGAGCGUUCGGUGCUGGGGCAGAAUUUGGCUCUUAAGGGUGAUCCUUUGUCUCCUGUGCUUUUUGGGUUGGCAGAAGAGGUGUUGAGUCAUCUUCUUUUGGAUGUGACGGAUAGAGGCUUUAUUGCUCAAAUGCGUAUGUCCCGGCCUCUCCUCUUCCCUUCCCACUUUCUCUAUGUGGAUGAUGUCCUUUUAUUCUGCAAGGCGGACCACCGAAGUUGCAAAAUGAUUGAUUCUAUUCUUCAUAUCUAUGCUUCUGUCUCCGGUCAAUUUUGUAAUAAGGCUAAGUCCACGGUUUUCUUCGGCAAGGGUGUCCCUCUUCAAAUGCGCCGGCGUUUGAAGCGUGACUUGGGCUUCUCUACUGGUUCUUUGCCUUUUAUCUAUCUAGGCGUCCCCAUAGUUGCUGGUCGUGUUUCAUCUUCUCGUCUGGCUUGCAUUCGGGAUCGCAUUAUUACCUAUUUUCCCAGAUGGCAGGGCAUGCAGCUUUCCAUGGCAGGUCGUAUUUGUUUGGUUACCUCGGUGAUUCAGAGUGCAGCUGUUCAUAGCAUGUUGAUUUUCAAAUGGCUGGUUAAGCAUUUGCAUGACCUUGAUCGUGCUUGCCGUUCCUUUAUUUGGACUGGCACCACCAUUUCCAAACCGAACUCUUCUGUGGCUUGGAACAGAGUUUGUGCUCCUAAAGCACAAGGAGAGAUAUUUGGAUUCCUGCUUUCGUCUGAGGUCUUCUUGGUUUACCUCUUCGAUUUGGCUGGGCUCAUCGACAGAAUUGGAAUUCCUAAUUCUAUCCACCAGUAUCUUAUGCAGUCGAUCUCAGAUUAUUUUUUCGAUAGCUUCUGGAACUUCACGUUAGAUUUUCUGCAAGCUUUUUCGGACAUUGCUUUUGACAUUGUCUCGGUUCCUAUUGGUGGGGUUGGAGACCGCCGUGCUUGGACUCAUUCACACUUUGGAAAGGUUACUUCUUCUCUUGCUAUGGAUCAUAUGCGGCCUAGUUUUCCGACGGUUGAUUGGGGUAAGUGGAUAUGGGCGCCUUUUAUCCCAGUCCGCAGAGCUAUUGUUACUUGGUGGGUUAUUCUGGGUCGUCUCCUAACGGCCAGUUUACUGCGUCGCCAAGGCUUUAUGGGCCCUGGAUGGUGCCCACUCUGUCGUGAUACUGGAAAGGAUAUUGAUCAUCUCUUUUGGGAGUGUUCGAUUGCUAGACACAUUUGGAGCUCCCUCUUUUCCUGGUUUCAUCUGGACGGUUCUUCGAUCUUGGAUGUUGGGAGUCUUGUCAUUUGGGCGAUGCGGGUUAAGGUCAGCAAGCAGGUAGCCAAUCUUUGGCGGGUUGGUGUCAUGUCUGCCGUGUGGAGUAUUUGGAAUCAUCAGAACAGGGUGGUGUUUGAUGAGGCUCCUAUUUCUGCUGUGGCUCUGACUAUUCAGGUCAAAUCUUUUAUUCUGGAGGCCUCCCAUUUCAAUUUGGGUGAGAUGGCUAAUUCGGUGGAGGAGUUGCUUGUACUUCACGAUUUGGGGGUGUCGGGCAAACCCCAUCGUCCUACUUCUUACAUUUAUGUUUUUUGGCUCCCUCCUCCUCAUCCUUGGAAAAAUAUCAACAUUGAUGGUUAUGUUCAUGGUUCGCCUCCAAGUAUUCAUGUCGGAGGUAUUAUUCACGACCCUAGUUCGGUGGUUGAUUAUUUCCAUUUCUCUGCUGGUUGUGGUUGGGCUUUCGAGGGUUGGGAUUACAUCUGGAUUGAGACAGACUGCACUUAUCUGGUUGAUCUUUUUCGCUCUCGUUCUGACUAUGUUCCUUGGAGAUUCUUCAGUCGCUGGAGGAAGGUGAUUCAUGAUAUUGCUGAUCUUCAUAUUAUUAUCACCCAUAUCUUCAGGGAGGGGAAUCAGGUUGCUGAUUUCAUGGCCUCUUCGGUGACGGAGAAGGGUUAUUGGUCCUUUGCGAUUCCUAGUAUUCUUCAGCUGGUUUCAGGUGUGUUUUGGGCUUCUAUUGUUUGGGCUUUGGUGUUGCUGGCUCGCACUCCUGUGUCUUCUUCUGGUGCUCGUGUGUUCUGGGCGUCUGCUUUUGAGCGUUCCUUGCCCCUGCUAUCUUAG